CCAACGACUCUCUUCAACCUUUCUUUCGCCUCUUGCGCCAAACCUCUACGCCCUUUAUCCGCUUGUUCUCGUGCUAUGCCAGGAUUACACUUCGCUAUUUGACCUUGACUCACCGCCCAGCCAUCAAUAUGCCUCGUGAGCCGCAAACCACAGAACGUCCACCACCUCCUGCUCCCGAACAUCGUGCUCAGCGUAUCGGGGACCUGCUUGAACGCGAGUAUAUGCCGACGAGGCUUGAGUGGAAAAAACAGUCUUACGAGAAACUUUUCGAUGCCCUGUGCUAUGAUGCAACCAGAGAGGACAACUAUAGAACGGACAUGCUCCAACUGUUUUUUCUCAAAUAUUUUUGGGACAUGGGCUAUUUGAAGAGCCACGAUAUGUUAAUGCCAUUUUCGCAAACGGACGCAAGUAAGGUAAUAAAUCAGUUGGUGCCCUCCAAGGUGAGAACAACGAAGGCAUCUGAAGUCCGCUCUCCUAGUCAACCAAGUUCGACUACCGCCGGUACCCGAAUUCCCGAUACUGCGAUAGUUUUCUCUUAUGAACAUCCGAAAGCCAAGGCAAACGAUCCGGCAUUCGAAUGACAGAAAUUAAUCAGGUCACAGUCCAUCUGGCUUGUCGCCGAAUUCAAGAUCUACCGACUUCGCAGGAAUGACCUUCCCUCCAAUCCAUCCACAGCCAACAAUCAGAGUAGAGUUUGCCUUGGGCAAUGUCUCACGUAUUUGGAUGCGGGGUAUCAGAUGUUCCGCUUGCGCCGGGCUUUAGCAGUUUGUGGUACCAGAUUUGCCAGAGUCUGGACACUUUCUGAUCGUCCUGAAGGUAGGACCUUCGCAGUUGAAACCAGUCGUCCUUUUGGCAAUAGCGGCCCUAUGGCUGCUGCCGACUUUUUUAGCCAAAUCAGUCUCGACCUCUUUCCCCAUAAUCUCAUCACUCCAUCACCUUCCACGCACAGUUUUGCCGUCGACCACCAGAAAUGUGGACUUCUCGAGCGCACUUUCUCUCAUGUUUGCGACAGUAUCCUUUCGUAUACUGUCCAGUCAGCUCUCCGACCCCACUAUGAGGAUACUUUUGACUAUGGCACAGAGGCUGAUCCUUCUACCUUCACAUCCGAACUUCUUGGCGAUGUUGAAGAGUUUGCUUAUCAAGCUCGUCCCAAACUCAAGAAGAGGAGAGCGGAGAAAAAGGAAGUAGCCCAAAGUAAGACAUUCCAACGGAGGGAUGGUGGGCGGGAAGAUGGUGUGGGAGAGAAAGAGAGGAGUUUGGAUCCACUGCUCAAGGCCGUCGAGAAGUAGCAUCGGAAACAGUAUGUCGUUAAGUGGCAAAGCCAAUUACCUUCAUCACCUUCCUCUUACUAUCCCUUGCCAUCCGCUGAUGACCUGAACAGAGACAUUAUCGAUUAUACCAAUACUAUAGGCCGUUCGACCUACUAUCAGGUAUCAUUGAUCACCAGGGCUGUAGAGAUGCUCAAGAUGGAGAUUAUCCCGAUAUCAACUGCAAGGAUGGACAACCUUUAUUCUGGACAGAUUACCUCCCAGCAUGCCCUUGCGGAUCCUGGCUGGGACGCUGCCAUCAGCGAACUGUUUUCCUCAAGGGCUCGGCGGACUCCACCCCACACCAAUCCACUACCCUUCUACCCCAGUUAUUCACAAGCCUCCCUUAUGUACCAUCAGUGGCACGCAGUGAAAACGCAAAGAACCCUCCUGGCUGCGUCCUGAUCAGGCGUGCUGAUUACAAUAGUUACAGUUGGGCAUGCAUGCAGCUACUUAACGCGGCGCUAGCCGUUUUGCAAACUAAAUUGUAGUAGAAAC